AUGUCUGAUAUCAAAACUCCUGGUUUCCAAAGCUCUGAAGUCUUUGCUACUCUCAAGUCUAGCCUUGAAUCUCUCCCUGCUGACAAGAAGGCUCAACUUCUUAAGCAAGUCAAGGGUAUUUUUGAAUUUGUUAUAGAAAACAAUGACAAGAAGAAGGAAACGUUCACAAUUGACCUCAAGAAAGAUGGUACGGUCGUCAAAGGACAAGGUGCUACCAAGGCUGACGCGAUCAUCACUAUCAAAGAUGGUGACUUUGUUGACUUGGCUUCUGGUAAAUUGAACGGUCAAAAGGCUUUCACUUCUGGUAAACUCAAGAUUAAGGGUCAAAUGAUGUUGGCUACCAAGCUCGAUACCGUCUUUAAACAACUUGCCGGUAACAAGUCCAAGUUGUAA